AAUGAUAGGAUACGAAACGAGCAGAAAGCAGAAAAUUUGAAUUGGUUUCACACAGUCCAAUGUACGUUGUCACUCCAAGACACACUCCGCAACUCGUGACCUUUUGGGAGAGAGGGAAGAGAAAACAGUCGGUCUUAAGAACCAAAUUCAGACAAAUGCUCAAAGUCUCACUACCUUUCUGGGUUUGGCUUUGAACCCAUUUUCUCUAUUAUCUUAAGCGUAAAGAGAAAGCAAUCAUAGUAUUUAGGGAUGUCGUUCUUUGGUUCAAAAAGUGUCGAGCUUUUCAAUUCGAUGGCUUUCAAUGCAGCUUGGCUGCAGAUUUAGGCACCCACUCUCCUCACUUUUUAAAGGUCGCCCAUUUUUCUUUACUCAUUCCUCUAAGGUCUUGGUCUUUUCUUUCUCUCAAAGAAUGAAUCUUUGACCGGGGUUUGCUUCCUAAGCCCCAAUUCUUUCUUUCUUGGUUCCCUUCUGUUAGAUCUCUGACACUGACCAAAUGAGGCUUCUUUGUUUGAUAUAGAGUUUAUGUGUUUGAUUAUGCCCAGUUUCUGCAUUCUGUUGAAUGAAUAAAUAGCCUGUCUGCAUUUCUUCCCUAUUUAAGACUCAUUUUGUCUGAGUGAGGUGGUUAGCAUGAAGUUAAUUAGGUAUUUAUUUUUUGCGGCCUGUUUUGUCUUUGCCCUCGGACAGCUUCCCUCCCAGGACAUUUCGGCUCUACUUGAGUUCAAGAAAGGGAUCAAACAUGACCCUACUGGUUAUGUGCUUCAGUCAUGGAAUGAGGAAUCCAUUGACUUCAAUGGCUGUCCUUCUUCCUGGAAUGGCAUUAUGUGUAACGGUGGUAAUGUGGCGGGUGUUGUUCUUGAAGAUUUGGGUUUAUCUGCGAAUAUCGAUUUGGGCGUUUUCUCUAAUCUCACAAUGCUGGUCAAGCUCUCAUUAGCAAACAAUUUUAUUUCUGGUAAAUUUCCUGAUAAAAUUGCAGGCUUCAAAACCCUAACUUAUCUUGAUGUUUCAGAUAACCUGUUCACCUCAUCUUUACCACCAGACAUUGGAAAGUUUGGGUCUUUAAAGAAUCUUUCUUUGGCUGGUAAUAACUUCUCUGGUCCCAUUCCGGAUGAAAUUACGGGUCUAACCUCGAUAGUGUCAUUGGAUUUUAGCCGUAAUUCAUUCUCAGGACCGGUCCCAUCGUCCCUAACCAAGUUGUCCGGUUUGGUGUACCUAAACCUGUCCAAGAAUGUGUUUACCAAGAACAUUCCCAGAGGGUUUGAGGCUAUGGAAAAGCUUGAGGUGUUUGAUUUGCAUGGUAAUAUGCUUGAGGGCCGUUUGGAUCCAGAAUUCUUGAUGCUCACAACAUCGACUCAUAUUGACCUUAGUGGGAAUCUCCUUAUCAGUUCUGCUUCUCAGCAGAAGAAGUUUUUGCCUCGUAUUUCUGAGACUAUCAAGUAUUUGAAUCUUAGCCACAACAGGCUUAAUGGGUCACUCAUAGGUGGUGGGGGUGAAGCAGAAGUAUUUGGGAACUUGAAGGUUUUGGAUUUGAGCUACAAUCAGCUAUCUGGGGAAUUACCGGGCUUUGAUUUUGUGUAUGAUCUUCAGGUUCUUAGACUGAGCAACAAUAGAUUUUCUGGAUUUAUCCCUAAUGAUCUUCUCAAAGGGGAUUCUCUUGUUUUGACUGACCUGGAUUUAAGUGCCAAUAAUCUAACAGGGAAAAUUAGCAUGAUAAGAUCCACCACUUUAACUGUUCUUAACCUAUCAUCGAACGCGCUAUCUGGUGAACUUCCAUUAGUGACAGGAAGUUGUGCUGUUAUUGAUCUCUCUAAAAACCAGUUUGAAGGACCACUUUCCAGAUUGAAGAAAUGGGGAAAUGUUGAAUACCUCGACCUAAGUCAAAACCGUUUGUCUGGAUCCUUCAUCGAAGACACUGCUCAAUUCAUUCGCUUACAUCACCUGAACCUUUCCCAGAACACCCUCACCGGUUCUCUUCCUAAAGGCAUUACACAGUUCCCGAAACUCACAGAGCUUGAUAUAAGCUUCAACCAGUUGACUGGACCUCUUCUUACAGCUAUUCUGACUUUACCUAACCUUGAAGAGCUUCAUUUGCAGCACAAUUCGUUCUCUGGAGGCAUUGAGUUUCCUCCCCCACCAUCCGGUGGGUCUAACCUCCACAUUCUUGAUCUCUCCCAUAAUCGCCUUUCUGGGCUUUUCCCUGAUGGGUUUGGGUCAUUUUUAACCGAGCUUCAAGUGGUUGAUAUAUCUGGGAAUAAUUUUAGUGGUCCAUUGCCGAAAAAUCUUCCCACAAAUAGUCUUCAAAGAUUCAAUGCAUCAUUUAAUGGUUUCACUGGCAUUGUCCCGGAAAACUUAAGAAAGUUUCCAUUAUCAUCCUUCUUCCCUGGAAACUCAGAUCUACAUUUCCCAAACGCUCCUCCAGGUUCAGCCCAAUCUCCUCGUGGAAGUCACAAAAAGAAACCAUUGAAAACUUUGAUUAAAGUGGUUGUCAUAGUUGCUUGUGUGGUUACUUUUCUAAUCUUUGUCUUGGUUUGUAUCCUUUUAUGCUACAUCAAAACAAAGAGGCCCCAGCAUCCUGAAAUUCACCGCCAUGCUAUACCAAAUCCUUCUGAUUUUAGCAGAAGAGAGGGUAGUGGUGGUUUAGUAGUUUCGGCGGAGGAUAUUGUGACUGCACGAAAGGGCCUGCCAUCCGAUAUGAUUAUUCCAGAUGAUAAAAUAACUGGUUUUUCUCCAUCUAAGACCAGCCAUUUCUCUUGGUCACCUGGAUCCGGGGAUUCAUAUAAUGCUGAAAACUUUGCCAGGUUGGAUGUUAGCUCUCCCGAUCGGCUGGCUGGUGAGCUUUAUUUUCUUGAUGAUGCAAUCUCAUUUACCCCCGAAGAACUCUCCCGGGCCCCAGCUGAGGUUCUGGGCAGAAGCAGUCAUGGGACAUCGUACAGGGCAACCUUAGAUAACGGAUUGGUCCUCACUGUCAAGUGGUUGAGAGAAGGGGUAGCAAAACAGAGAAAAGAAUUCGCAAAGGAGGCUAAAAAGUUUGCGAAUAUCAGGCAUCCAAACGUGGUGGGAUUGAGAGGGUAUUAUUGGGGUCCCACUCAACAUGAGAAACUUAUUCUCUCAGACUACAUUUCUCCUGGCAGCCUAGCCAGUUUCCUGUAUGAUCGGCCCGUAAGAAGAGGUCCUUCCUUAACAUGGCCACAAAGACUUAAGAUAGCAGUCGACGUAGCACGUGGCUUGAACUAUCUUCAUUUUGACCGAGAGGUCCCACAUGGAAACCUCAAAGCAACAAACAUACUGUUAGAUGGCGGUGACCAUAAUGCACGGGUUGCUGAUUACUGCCUUCACCGCCUCAUGACUCACGCAGGAACAGUCGAGCAAAUUCUUGAUGCGGGUGUGUUGGGCUAUCGUGCGCCUGAGCUGGCUGCCUCCAAGAAGCCGAUCCCCUCCUUCAAAUCAGACGUGUAUGCUUUUGGAGUCGUGCUGUUGGAGCUUCUUACUGGGAAAUGUGCAGGAGAUGUGGUGGUUUCUGGAGGAGAAGAUGGGGGAGGCGUUGACUUGACAGACUGGGUGAGGCUGAAGGUGGCUGAGGGCCGUGGGUCUGAUUGUUUCGAUAGUAGGCUUUUGAGUGAGAUGGGGAAUCCGGUGGUGGAGAAACACAUGAAGGAAGUUUUGGGAAUUGCACUGCGGUGCAUUCGGUCAGUGUCUGAGAGGCCAGGGAUCAAGACUAUCUAUGAAGACCUCUCAUCUAUAUAAUGUAAUGGGAUAUUGUUAGCUAGAAGUGGUAUACUGGUAUGUGUUAGCUUAUUUGGGGAUCAAUUAGCUCAUUGGCCUCCCCUUUUUCAGUGGUAGGAAGGCAUGUUAGUGUGGAUGGUUGGAUGAACUAAUUUUGUUAACCAUUAUUUAUGUAUGUAUGUUGGGGCUGAGUUUCUACUCAACUCAAAAUAUUCCCUCC